AUGGCUGCUGUGCGCUCUUCGUGCCGCGGAGCCACUUUGACAGUUGUGCGUCCUCUCUCCUUGAAAAGCAUUUUCGGCGGCAAGUCCAAACAGCCGACUGAACAGAACAAAAUCAUCCUUGACCAAGACAAUUUAUUCCAUAAAUUAUCACAAUCGCCCAUUGCCGAGUUACGCGACAGAGGUGCCAUUAUCAACAAGUACGGGGUGUGCCCUGUAUGCGACACCGAAUGCCAAGGUCAUAAAAAGCCACCCGUGUUCGAAUGCCCCGAUUGUGGCUAUCCUACUCACUGCAGCAGCGAACAUUAUCACGAGGGAAAAGCAGCUCAUCAGGAGAUUUGCGGUAUUUUACGUGAACAAAACGAAGAUGACCACGACUUGCGAUCAGGAAGAGCCAUGAAAGAAUUUGAAUUUCCAAGUGCUCAAGGAUUUGAUGAAGCUGUGAAUAUGGCCAAUUGGGAUAUUUUCUUUUACACUCGUGCUUUCCCAUCCAUGGAUUCCAGUCGAUCGAUUCGUCACGUUUCCAAGCUACUGACGUAUCCAGUGACGGUUGCGUCGGUCCUGCAUGAAUCUUGUCCCUAUAAACUUGGCAAGGAAAUUACUCCCGAGGGCAUGCGAUCGCUUGCAGCGUUGCGAACGAUUUUGUAUCCACGAGAUAUUGCCAAGGAGAACACUGCACCUGCACGCACGGAAAUGAUUAAUCUUUAUGUGAUUGGUGCUCGUGCCGAGGCCACUUUACCGCCUCACAUUUGGCUGCAAAUGGCUUAUCUUUUCCCUCACACUCCUUUCCACAUCCAUUUCGUUGGUCCUGAUGCCCUACCGGCCAAUAAGGAACCGCAUACGACUUCGCUGAAUGAACGAUUGAUGUUCACCUACGAUAACAGCCUGUACCACGACUACCACGAGAAAAUUGAGAAAUUUGAUCCCUACACGGAUCUGUUCUUCUUAUUUUCACCGGGUAUUGGCCAUCCUUCGGCCCGUGAGACCUGGAAACCCUCGAUUCAAAAAGCAUUGGAAACCAAAUGUGCCAUUUUUCUUACCGGCUUUGAUCACGCCGAUAUGGCCAAUGACAUUGAAGCCGUCGAGCAAGAUUAUUCGGGUGAAUUUGACUGGAUCAUGAAGCCUACCGAGAACGAAUUCCGAAGUAUGAAGCGAGACAUCAAUUUGAUGGAUUUGAGACAGACCAUUUUCGCCAAUUGGGGCAUUUGGGGUAUCCGUGGAAAACACUACGAUGUCACCCACCAACCGGAAGACGAUGAGUAG